AUGUUGAAGAUUAAGUUUAAACUUGUUUAGAAGAACUGGAUUACGCUACUCCAAACCUUGUAUGCUCUUUUCUCAAGACAAAGAACCCCCCAAAGGUAUUUCUACUCCUUUUAACUUUCAGGUUUCCAAAAAUUUUAAAGAAAAUCCAAAAUAUAGCAAGAAGAAUCCACUUAACCUAAAGAAGAAAAGAAGGCCACUGAAAAACCCAAUUAAGAGGAAGCAGAGAAGAUCAUCAAGGAUGAAUAAUCAGAAGGUGAUCUACCCCCAAAAAUCGAAAAACCAUAGAAAAAGAAGUACCAAUUUACUUAUGAUCCCAAAUCCUUUAACCCUUAGGACGAGAAUCAGAAGAAGGAGAAGCAGUAAUCAGAUUAAGAGGAGAAGGUGGACAAGUAGGAGAAUCAAGAAGAAAAACAAGAAAAAUAGGAAAAUUAAGAAGAAGAAUAAUAAUAACAAUCACAGUAAUAAGAGAAGAAAAAAUCUUAAUUCCCAUAAAUUGAUUUUAGCAAAUUCACAGAGUACUUAAAGAAUCCAAAUAAUCGCAAUUAUAUUUACAUGUUUCUAGGUGUUACUGGAUUAGCCUCACUUUACACAUAUUUGAAUAUGGAAGAAGAAAUAACUUAUACUGAGUUUCUAAAGAAUUACUUAGAAACUAAUCAAGUCAGUUCAAUCAAAGUGUAUAAUAAUGAUAAUAGCAAAAUUAAUUAAGCUUCAAUCAUUACAAAUAGAGGAGAAUCUAAAAAGUUAAUUCUAGGAAAUGUAGAUCACUUCUUAGAAAAUCUAGAACGCUAUUAAACCGAAAAAGGAGUCUAUCCAGAGCAAUUCAUUCCUGUCUCCUUUGAGAUCUAAAGCAACGAGAUUGUUGAAGUAGGGAUUUUCGGUUUUUCUCGUCUUUUAUAUCUUCAAAACCAACUCAAAGGUAGUAUUGGAAGUCUUGGAAAAGGUGGAGGAAAUGAUGUAUUUGGCUUUGGUAAAUCAAAUGUAAAAUAAUUUGGAUUUGAAUAAAAUGUAAAGGUCAAAUUUAAUGAUGUGGCUGGAUUGGAUGAAGCUAAAUUAGAAAUCAAAGAAUUUGUAGACUUCCUCAAGAAACCAAGAAAAUUUAAAGAAAUGGGAGCUAAACUACCAAGAGGAGCUUUAUUGGCCGGACCUCCAGGAACUGGUAAAACUAUGGUGGCAAAAGCUUGUGCAGGUGAGGCUGGUGUUCCAUUCUUUUUUGUGAGUGGAUCUGAUUUCGUAGAGAUGUUUGUAGGAGUUGGUGCAAGCAGAGUCAGAGAUCUAUUCAAAUAAGCCAAAGCAAAGUCUCCUAGUAUUAUUUUUAUUGAUGAAAUCGAUGCAGUUGGUAGAAAGAGAAAUGCUAAAAUUGGUGGUAAUGAUGAAAGAGAUAAUACAUUGAAUUAAUUGUUAGUUGAAAUGGAUGGAUUUGGAACUGAUACUAAUGUUAUUGUUUUGGCAGCCACUAACAGAAAAGAAUUACUUGAUCCAGCACUCACUAGACCUGGUAGAUUUGAUAGAUCAAUAGAUAUCACAUUGCCAGAUAUUGAAGGUAGAAAACAAAUCUUCAUGGUUCAUUUGGCUCCAAUUAAGUUGGAUCCCUCUAAGACUAUGGAAGAAUAUGCAAGAAGAUUGGCAACUCUAACUCCAGGAUUCAGUGGAGCUGAAAUUGCCAAUCUUUGUAAUGAAGCUGCUAUUAUGGCAGCUAGAGCUAAUAAGACAUAUGUGGACUCUCAUGAUUUUGAGAUGGCAUCAGAAAGAGUCAUGGCUGGUUUAGAGAAGAGAAGAAUCAUAAGUGAAGAGGAAAGAAAGACAGUUGCAUUUCAUGAAUCUGGACAUGCUGUGGCCAGUUGGUUCUUAAAGGGAGGACAUCCACUUCUUAAAUUAACUAUCAUUCCUAGAAGCAAGGGCUCAUUAGGAUAUGCUUAAUAUUUACCUAAUGAAUCCAGUCUAGAGACCAAACAAGAAUUAUUGGAUAGAAUCUGUUGCAUUUUGGGAGGAAGAGUGGCUGAAGAGAUUUUCUUUGGGUAAGUCACUACUGGAGCUUAUGAUGAUUUAAAGAAGGCUUAUGAUGUAGCUCACAGCAUAGUGACUAAGUUUGGUAUGAAUGAGAACAUUGGGUAUGUAGGAUUUCAGGAGGGAGAGUUCUAGAAACCUUAUAGUGAUGGCACUAAUAAGUAGAUCGAUGAUGAAAUUAGAAAGCUUAUUGAAGAGCAGACCUAAAGAACUAGGUUAUUGAUCACUGAGAAAAAGGAGUUUGUUAAUAAAUUGGCUUCAACUUUGUUGGAGAAGGAGACUCUCGACUUGCAAAAAAUAAUUGAAGUUUUGGGAGAAAGACCAUUUCCACCGAAAUCAAAUUAUAAGGCUUACUUGGAAAUCAAAAAGGAGGAUCAGCAAACAACUUCUUAAUGAAUUAUAUAUUUUAUGUAUUUUUGAAUAGAAUUUAUCGGAUUC